CUCUCCUCCGUCCACUCGCCCAGCUUCCUCCCUCUCCAGCGCGCACUCAUGUCGCCAUCAUCUACUGCGCGCUCCCAUAAGAGCCCUAAGAGCUCUAGCUCUACGUCUUCCGCGGCCCGGAAGACUCUGACUCCGCAGAGAAAACAUCGGAAAAUGCUUCGAGACGGUACCAGCGAGGUUUGGCCAGAAAGUGUCGAACAAAUAUUCGUUCAAGGUCUUCGCCAAUACUGGGAAUCGCCUUGGGCAACUUACUCCCGCGGUCGUAGCCGCUGGCGCAACCAAUAUCUCGUCGACCAUCUUCGCAGUGCCGGUAUUACUCGAACAAAGAAACAAGUCGCAAGCCAUAUUCAAGUCUUGCGAAACAUGUGGAAGGGCGAGGCCGAAUAUCAACUUGUCGCAGGAGGCGAGGAGCUAUUUCAGGAGGAUGGGCUCCUUGUAUCCCCAAAUACAAAGGAACGCAGCCCAGCCUCAGCCUCUUCCGGUCCUUCCGUCAAGGAGGAACGUACCGAGUCCCAAUCACCGCUGACAUCUCCCACGGCUCCUCUCCUUGAUUGCAACUUUCACAGCGAUCCGAGCUCGCAUUCUUCUUCUCCUAUUGGCCUUCCUUCUCCUAACUAUUUCCUCAAUCCAACUCUCCCACCGCCGCUUGCUCUGUCUUCGCCGUGUUCCUCUUCCUCCGGGCCACGGCGCUCUGUCAAGGAUGAACCCAUCUUAUUGAACCCACCGUUAUAUUUCAACGAUUCGUCGUCUAUACCCCUCUCCAACUCCAUCCUUCAUUCCCUACCUUUGCCUCGCAACUUUAUCUCUUCCGUGUCGGUCUGGGCCGAGGGUGUGAAUAGCCUCUCCAUCGACGUCAGACAGGCCUCCCUAUACGCGCACUCCUCGAGGAACGGCUCCUUCAAUAAGGCUGUCGUUUGCUUCCGACUCUGCCUCCCCUCACUCAACAACGGCUCUCCAACCCUGCACGGCUUCUCCGCCGCCAUCGCCUUCGGAGCUCCAUGGACGACUUCCGCGCUGUGCGUCACCCGUGCCUAUGCCGAUAACUAUUGCGAUACUCGAGAGAGCGCGAGCCUCGGGCUCAUGAACUCAUCGCGCACAGCUGGGAGUGCCUGUCAGCCCGUGUCAGUCGUGCUACCAGAUUCGUGGCUGUCGAGGUGCAGAUGGCGUCAGGAUGGCAUCGAGAACCAUGUCGUCCAGGACAUCACAGUCGACGGCGAGGACCUGCUUUCCAUCGUCUACGAGCUCCAACGGACCCCGUUCGGGCCUGCGUCGGCAGAGUUCAUGGGGUACAACAAUCCCGAGAAGAUGCGCUUUACGACUGGCACCGACAACGUCUCUACGUCGAGCUCGUCCUCUUUCACACCCGCCGCUGAACCUCAUUGCGCAUCGCCAUCAUCGUCAUUGUAUACCAUCCCCAUCGCCUCGAGUAGCUGGAGCCACACGAACACGUGUACGGUACCUCGAUCAGAGGACUCGUCACUGUACAAUUUCGGGCAGGGCAGGCACUGUGUAUCGCCCUUAUCACCGGCAACGUCUGACAUGGGAUCGACUGCGUAUCCUUUUUCCUCGUCGGCCCUCUUUUCGUGACCUCUCCAACCCUCUCGGAGGUCGAUGUCGCGGUGGAGCAGGCCUGUGCGUUCGGUGCUCGGGUGUGAUCGUUGUCAUCGCUUCAUCGGCGAAGUUAGACAUACGUAGUCACAUAUGCGCUUUUUUCUUUUUCUCACCUCUUGUCUCUCCGUAUGCUUUUUGCUUCUUCCGUUUUUGUCUUUGGCCUGGACACGUGUAGGAUACCGAUCGAUGCGAUUGCAUUGCUGUGUGCGCUGCGAACGCUUGUCUCUGUUUCUAUCUUGGAAUUUGCUUGGAAUGCCCCAGCCGGGCUAUGGAUACGAUUUCAACUUUUCACUUUUUGACGACUUGAUUUUACGAACCUGCAUCUGACUGAAUCUUACCAUAUUCCCCCUCCGGCUUCGUCCAUCCUCCGAGUGGGUGACGAGUUCCCGCUACUUACUACUCGGUUUGGUCCGCCGUUGUUGUUUAUCCCUUGCUCUGCCCUGUUACGUUGUUACGAACGCUCCCACCCCAUCCCGUCUCA